UUAUUCCAUAUUCCAAAAUAAUACGAGAAGUGUUUUUCGUCAAAAUUUGAAUUUAUUUGAGAUUAUUAAACAAAAAAAUAAAAAUAAAACAAAAUCAAAAGAAUUUGAUUAUUCUUUGAUUAUAAAUAUUAAACGAAGGAAUAACAACAUACACAGUAUUAGUUUGGAUUGCAACUUUUGGUGGCUGUUAUCAUGAGCGGAAAGGAAAAUUCAAUAUUGUCAAAUGGUUCAAGGCGAUCAGUCAAUUCAAAUGGUUCAGUUGUAAAAACAACGACACCUAUAUCAUCAAAACCAUCAUUAAUAACAUUAAAUAAAGGCAAUUCCAUUGAACAAAAUGGAAAAUCUACUAGUGUACCUGAUGGCACUACUAUCAUAGAUGGAGAAAAUCGUGGAAAUUGGCAAAAUCCAAUUGAAUUUAUUUUAGCAUGUAUUGGUUAUGCUGUUGGCUUAGGAAAUGUUUGGCGAUUUCCUUAUUUAGUUUAUCGCAAUGGUGGAGGAGCGUUCUUAGUACCGUAUCUACUUAUGGUGUUCGUAAUUGGUUUACCAAUAUUUUUAGCUGAAUUAUACAUUGGACAGUAUUCAGGUCUUGGACCAAUAAAAGCUUAUCAUUAUAUGUCGCCUUUCUUUCAAGGUCUUGGUUAUUGUACACUUAUAGUCAUUACAUUUGUUACAAUCUAUUAUAUGGUGAUUAUUGCAUGGAUUUUAUUUUACUUUUUUGCAUCAUUUACAAGUGUAUUACCAUGGGGCUAUUGUAACAAUGAUUUUAAUUCAUAUCAAUGUUACAGCAGUUUAGAAGAUAAUUUUUGUAAGCAAAAUAAUACAGGAGAUAAAAUGGAUCAAUUAUUUUAUAGAAAAAACUGUACAACAAUUGAUAAUAUUUGCCGUGAAAAGAAUUUUAUUGGUCAUAAUGCAAGUUAUUGUUUUAAUGAAUUUAAUUCAACAUUAAUUCCAUUAAAAGAUGUUGCAAAACGUGUUCUAGCAUCUGAGGAAUAUUAUUACCGGUAUGUCCUCGGAAUAAAUGAUGAUACAGAUUGGACUAAUUGGGGAUAUCCUAGAUGGCAGUUGGUAUUGUGUCUUCUACUUGGUUGGUUAAUUGCAUUUUUUUGUCUCAUUAAGGGAAUUCAAAGUGCCGGUAAAGUGGUUUAUUUUACAGCACUUUUUCCAUAUGUUAUGUUGACAGCUUUGUUGGUACGUGGUGCAACUUUACCAGGUGCAUUAGAUGGUAUAACAUUUUAUAUACAACCAGAUUGGAAUACACUUUUAUCAGCGGCAGUAUGGGGAGAUGCUGCAUCACAAAUAUUUUAUUCAUUUGGAUUGGCAUGCGGUUCACUUGUAGCGUUCUCAUCUUAUAAUAAGUUUAAUAAUAAUUUUCAUACAGAUGCUGUGGUUGUAUCAUUUACAAAUGUUUUCACAUGUGUUUUUGCUGGUUUUACGGUAUUUGCUGUAUUAGGUUUUAUGGCACAUAAUUUAGAAACGACUGUCGGAGAUGUUGUACAAUCUGGUCCUGGUUUAGCAUUUAUUGCAUAUCCUGAGGCUGUUUUAUUAAUGCCAAUUGCACCGCUCUGGGCAAUAUUAUUCUUUUUAAUGAUGUUUGUUCUUGGUAUUGGUUCACAAUUUGGUGGUAUUGAAGCUAUUUGUACAUCACUUGUUGAUCAUUGGCCACAUUUAAGAAAUCAAAGAUGGAAAGUAACUGCUGGUGUUUGUCUUGGAUGUUUUGUUGCUGCUUUACCAAUGGUUUGUAAUGGUGGAAUAUAUGCAUUUACAUUAAUGGAAUGGCAUACAGCAUCAUGGGCUAUUUUGUUAUUGGGUACCGCUGAGGUCGUCAUUAUAUCGUGGGUAUAUGGAAUGGAUCGUGCUUUAAAUAAUUUCAUUGAUAUGGGCAUUAAAUUCAAUUGUUUGGUACGAUAUUAUUGGAAAUGUGUUUUGGUAGUUCUUACACCAAUUGCAUCUGUGGUGGUGUUCGUUUUUACAAUGACAGAAAUAAAACCAACAGAAUUCCGUGAUUAUAAAUUUCCAGGAUGGGCUGAUGCACUUGGAUGGAUGAUUGGUGCAUCAACAUUAGCUCCAUUUCCGAUUGCAAUUAUUUAUAGAUUAUUUAAUUCAAAACUGCGUCAAGAACCAUGGUUUAAACCGACAAUAAAUUGGGGACCACAAAGUACAAAUACAAUGAAUUCAAGUGAUUCAAAUGAAAAGAAAUCGAAUGAAGGUUGCGAUAAUAAAGCAUUCGACUGUAAUAUUUAAAUUAUUUUAAAUAUAAAUUUUAAUAUAUUGUUAAUUUAAUAUCAACUAAAAAAAAAAUAAUAUUUUUAUACAAAUAAUAAAAAAAAAAAUUUGGUGUGAUAUGCAAAAUGAUCUGA